GGCGAGGAUUUAUGUUGUUUGCUAUGUUGUUGGGGUUAAACUCCGCAACCGAAGGCUGUGAAGGCAUAGUCCGCAGAACUGUAAAUCGGCAGCCCUAAUAACCAUCUUCCGAACACGCGUAUAGGCUAUGUUUGGUUUACCUCUGCUGUGACGGUCAGUAUAUUAAGGCACUUGCAAAUAUUUAUAAGAAGCCACAAGGACAACCCAGUGUAGAUGAUAGUUUUCAUUUAAUAACCACACUCAAGAAAAUAUCCCAAGAAAUUUCAAAGCUCUACCUCUACAAUGACUACAAUGACUUCUAAGCUCGUCCUGGUUUACAGCGCCACAAGUCGGCAAGGCGAGAGCGUCGUUCGCUCGCUGCUAGACAACGCAUCGGGUGCCUUCAAGGUCCGCGGGACCACCCGUGACGUCAACUCCGACAAGUCCAAGAGCCUUAUAGCACUUGGUGUGGAGAUGGUGUCGAUAGAUGCUGCAGGAGGAUUAGAGAGCCUUGGAGCGCAGGCACUGGCAGCGUUUGACGGCUGCUGGGGGGCCUUCAUCAACAUUGAUUCAUACAACCCAGUUAUCGUGGCCGACGGCGGCCCAUCUGUGUACGACUAUAGCAAAAUCGUCGUUGACGCUGCAGCAAAGGCGGGAGUCCAGCAUAUUGUCCACAGCUCUUUGCCACCUUCCAGUGAAAUCAGUGACGGCCUCAUAUCUAUUGACUACUUUGACGACAAGGACGCCAUUAAUACGUAUAUCAAAGCCAACCCGCAGUUCCGUACCACAACCGCCAUAAAUGCGGGAUGGUAUUUGGAAAACUUUCUCGAUAAGCGCUUGACGCCUGUCAUUGGUGGGUUCCCCUUCACUGCCGAGGACGGCUGCUUGAUACUGCGACUGCCCAGUUUCGGCGGAAACGGAUCUAUGCAUUUCGUAGACAUCGAACAGGACUUUGGUGACUUUGUUCACGGUGUGCUGGUUGACCCAGAGGUAUACAAUGGCGCGUCCAUUCAAGGAUUCAGCGUCUUGGAUACACCUGAGGCGCUUGUGCAGGCAUUCACUCAAGUCACUGGUAAAACAGCACGAUACGUCGAAAUAACACCCAAGGAAUUCUCUACUCACGGUUCGCGUGGCUUAUUGGCCAUGAAGAAGGAGAUUCUCUAUUGCCAGUAUAAUGGCGGGCUGUUCUAUGGUGAGCCAUCCGAUCUAGGCCCGGCGGCAACACUUAAGGCUAUUGCAGCAGAGGCACGCGGUAGACGCCCAGUGGCUUCGGGCAACAGUGGGUUGUCGAGCGUGCUUGACUUUGUGAAGCAGCAUUUUGCCCGCGAUUCGUCGCUCUCUUAGUUAGUUCGCAUAAUGUAAAGCAUUUGACGCCGAAAACAGGUGUACAAAAGUGAA